GCUACUAACAGGAUGCCUCAGAGUUCUUCUGGUGGGUCUGGCUUGCCAUCAAAUGUCUCUCAGAUGAUCCGGGGUCACCAAAAACCAGUCUGAGUUUUCCACGGUAACAAACACUCGUCGGACUUCGUCAAGGUAACGCAUCCCUCAGACAGUGAUGCAAGUCCGAGCCUGAAAGCAGCCAAUGGACUGUAGGUUCUGUCAGUGAUGAGGCAACAGUGGUCCAAGUGAGUAUAAAGAGCAGCACAUUUUGCAAAGUCAACCAUCAGACAGGACAAGAAGUCAAAGGGGCUGACAAGAGUCACAGAAAGAGUGAAAGGAUUUCACAAGUCAUCCACUCAAAGCCUCCAAAGAUGAAGACCUUCAGUGUUGCAGUUGCAGUGGCCGUCGUGCUCACCUUUGUUUGCCUUCAGGAGAGCUCUGCUGUCCCAGUCACUGAAGAGCAAGAGCUGGAGGAGCCAAUGAGCCUUGAACAUGUGGAGAUGCCAGUGGAAACGUGGAAGAUGCCGUAUAACAACAGACUGAAGCGUCACAGCAGCCCCGCUGGCUGUCGCUUUUGCUGCGGUUGCUGUCCUAACAUGCACGGAUGUGGUGUCUGCUGCAGGUUCUGAGGAUUCUGCACCAGCCUGGAAUUUCCACAACAACCACUGAAGAUUAAUUUAUGAAGCUUAUUUUAUCUAAAAACACUUUUACAACUUUCACUUGUACUUGUGGUUCCAGAUAUCUGAGGAUGUUAUUGGAUGCUGUAGUUCAUGUGUUUUGUGACUGCAUCAUCCACACUGGGUGCUAAAUAUCUGCAGAAACUACAGAGUAUUAUCACAAUAAACUUCAAUUUCACUAAUAUAUAAUGUGUCAACAUGUUCUUUUCACAUUGCUUUGUCUUGCAACAAUCUGCUAACAGUUGUGACAGUUAACUUUUCUUUGAACUGUGUCAAAUUCAUCUCCUGGUUCAGCAGCUACAUCACACAUGAACAACAACAGCAAGU